UAUACUAGGUUGCAGAUACCAACAAUUUACGACUUUCGUAGAAAUUGGAAAGCCACGCAUUCGCACGAGGUGUUCUUGUUCGAUUUUCGUGCGUUUAGUCGAAGAUUAGAAGUACUUUUAUCAGAAAUCCUGAGUAAAGCAGUUAUGUUUCAGCAUCAGGGCUCCAAUUUUAUGAUGGACCCUCCCUCGUCGUUUGGUGGCAUGGGAGGAGGAGGCGGUUCAUUCAAUGGAAUGGGAGGGGGCGGAGGUAAUUUUGGAGGUGGGAAUUUCAGUGGCGAUGUUGGCUUUUUGUCAGGACAGAAUCCACCCCUUCCAUCAGGAAACAAUGGUAUGGAAGGCAACGACUUCUUUGGCGGAGGUGGUAGUUUGGGAUUUGGAGGUGGCAUGAACAGGGGAGGUGGGAUGAACGCAGGUGGAUUUGGUGGGGGCGGAGCAAGAGGGGGGCUGAGGGGAGGCGGAGCUCGGGGGGGAGGCGGAGCCCGUGGGGGAGGCCCCGGGCGAGGUGGAGGAGGGUUUGGACAGAGCGGCUCAUCAGGGCGGUUUGGAGGAGGGGCGUCUGGUAGAGGCAAUGGAGGAGGUAUGAGGGGCGGCGCUGGGAGAGGCAUGGGAGCCAGCAGAGGUGCAUUAGGGGGACAUGGUGCCUCACAAGGGCCUCCGAGGGGAGGGGCAUCAAGGGGAGGUGCAAGUGGAGGAGGGAGUAUGAAGCUUGAUACUCCGUCGGAGUCGGGAUAUCUACAGGAUCACAAGGGUCAUUUCCCUGAUGAGUACUGGUGCAAGCUCUGCAAUGCUAAAACAACCGGGCCAAACAACUACCAAGCCCACUUGAAUGGGGUGCGUCAUAAACAGAAUGUCUUGAACCUUCAAAAUGGCGAGCCUCCUGUUAAGGUGGGACCGUUGGCACAGCGAAAGAGGAAACGAGAAAUGGAGAACACCGAGAAGAAGGUGUUGUCUGAGAUGCUGCCUCAAAACAAGGAGCCGGUCGUUGGAUUGGAAUUUGUGACAGAGAUCAUUCGCGAAGGAAGUGAUUCAGACCCAGAUUAUGAGUGUGAGCUGUGUGACUGCCGUACCUUACAAGGCAACAUCAUCUAUCAUCUGAUUGGCUACCGCCAUCGCAUGGCCUAUGUUAAACUGAAAAAGCCAGACGUUGCUGAGAUGCUGGACAACCUGGCCAACGUGGAAGAAGAUGCGCCGAAGGAGGAGGACGGAACCAAAAAAAUGACCCCGGAGGAAGAGGAGGCCAGUAAGAAGAGGGCUACUCGCAAUAAGAUCAGCGAGAAACUGAAGCAGAUCAUUCCCAAGAUUGCCAGCGAGUGUUGUAACAUGACCCACAAAGUCAAGAGGGUGAAAGCAGAAAACUUGGGAGUCCCAGUUCCUAAGAAGCCAGUGCCCACAGCCAGUGCUAAAAACUACACCCAGAAUCUGCAAAGUGGUGCUGGAGGUCGGGGUGGUGGUGCUGGAAGUCGUGGUGGUAGUUUUGGAGGUCGUGGUGGUGCUGCCGGGGGCUUUGGAAGUGCUACUGGAGGUCGCAGUGGUUCAGGCAGAGGUCGCGGUGGUGGAGCUGGAGGUCAUGGAUUUCCUGUUGAGCUUGGUGGAUUUGGUGACUUGGGAGGAAUUGGAGGUCCCAUUGGUGAUGACAUUGGUCAGUUUGGUGGUGGCUCUGGUCUUGAUAGUGGCGGAUUGGGCAGAGGAUUUGGGCAGGGUGCUCCACCCAGAAGUGGGGCUGGGUUUGGCUCUGGCCUUGGAAGGGGGCCUGACAUGGAUGAAGGCUUUGGAGACCCCUUGGGCCCAAGGGGUCGUGGACGUAGCUUUGACCCGUACGAAGAUACUGCUGAUCUAGGAGGAGGCUAUGACCUUCCCCCGCCCUCAAGGCGAGAGGAAAUUGAAACCAUCAAGAGUGAGAUCCUGGACUCGUUGACCCGAGACUCGGUUGUCAGCGAUGCCUUCAUCUUGAGGGAGUUUGAGCGUCGCUUUGGUUCCACCAAGAGGCAGCCACGCAGUGACGUCUACGAUGAUCAUGACCGUGACCGCGACCGUGACUUGUUGCCGCCCCCAAUUCACGAGCCACUCAGCUACAGAGACAAGAUCCCGGAAACGAUUGAACAAGGUGGGAUAAAGAGACUUGAGAGUCGUCAAGAUAACCACUCAAACAAUCAGAAUGUCACUAGCUUUGGAGGUGGAAACAACUACAGUGCUCAACCAGGGUCGAGUAGCUCUAUGUAUCCGAUGACCUAUGACCCCAUGCCACGGUCUACCUUCAAUACCGAAUCAAAAAUCACGGUCAGCCUAGAGGAGCUUGGGCGUUUGAAUCCGACCCCCAAACCCUCCUCAGGCCUGAAGAGUUGCCUCAAGAAACCGCCUACAUCAACAACAUCAGUGUCAUCAUCGGCAAGCACGUCGACAGGAUACACCACCAGCAGCAAACCCACUACAGCCCCCAGUGGAGGUGCAGCCGUACAAGAAAUGUUUGCCAACUUGUCUCAGUCCAUGAUUACUAACGAAGCAGACGCCCAUCUUGCCAAGCAAGUCACAGAAACACUGUCUCAAGCCUUGCAAAUGUAUGAAUCUAAGCUAACGGGAGACAGACCAGAUCCUACGGGGAGCUACGGUGAGCCACUCAGGGGAAGAUCCCUGCUUCCGCCACCCCCUCCAGGGCCGUUUGGAUCCGGGCCGGGUUACUCCAGGAUCUAAUGAACCUGGGUUGAAAUGGGUGCUCUGAAUGCAUUUCUGUGGAGUGUAAUGGGUACAACUGGGUGCAGUUAAUGGGAAAUAGUAUUGUCACACCACCUUCUCCAACCAUGUUGGAUUUAGGCCUGGCUACAGCAGUGUUGUUGAGACCUCUUAAAACCAACACAGUACCCCACAAGACUGUCACAGCACCUUGCAAGAUCUCACAAGACCUCUCAAGACCAUCACAGUACCCCAAAAGACCAUCACUAAACCAACACAAGACCUCCAGGUUGAAAUCAGGUCACAAGCUGUCCAAGUGAAUUGUAACAAAAGUAUUCCGUUGUCACUUUUCACCAUUGCUUGUGACAGGUCAUUUAACUUGUUAUGUGAUGUUUUCUCUUACAACAUUGGGCUACAGCAGGGUCUGAUGGUUCUGGGUGGAAGUCGGUGGUGUCCAAGUAAUUUGAUGCAGUGUUAAUGGGUACAGCUGGGUACAUUGUAUAUUGGGUUAAACAUAUGGGGGUGAAGUAAAGGCCAAAUCACUUAGUCAUAAAGUAAAAUCUGUUUUGAAGAAAGACUGGUACAUUUUUAUCUAACAUGAGCACCACCUGGAAUGUUACGCGUACCUUGGUUUAAUUUGAUAUGGGCAUGAAUAGGUGGACUAGGUACAGCUGCGUACACAGUGUACCCCUGGAUGCACCUCAAUGGGUAACAUUGGGUACUUUGGUUUCAAGUUGGAUUCUGAAUACACAUACAUGUACACUCUACUGGGUAAUUUUUGAACACUUUGAUCAGACGCCUACACCUGUGUUUAAAUUAUUUUUUAAAAUACUUUCUGUACUUGUUUUACCAAGCUGUCACAGAUGUAGUGAGAAAAUUGUCUUUUAAUGUUCCUAUCAGGUGAUAAGACUCGCACAUUUCUUGAUUGUUUCCGUCAGACUUUCAUUUUUUUUAUGCCAUGAACUUUUGUCGUCAGAUUAACAUUUGAGUGCCAUCUUACUCCGACUUUCCGUUGUGAAAUAAAAGAAAAGUGUUCUG